AUGCCAACCAAAAAGAUCAAACGGUCCUCGUCCUAUUCCUCUGCUUCCUCACCUCCUUCUACACCCAAGAAACCCAAGACCAAAGCUACUCCCCAUAAAUCACCUCGUGCUCCGACUUCAGCGGGAGGAUGGACGAACGACAAGAAGAGUAUGGUCAUGAAGAGACUCUUUGAAACAGGCUAUAAGAAUAUGGAUUGGACUAAACUCGCUCAAGAGACUGGAAUGACAGGAGAACAAUGCAAAAAUCAACUUACACCUGGAAGAAAUAAUCUCCGAAAAGUCAUUUUAGAGAUGUUUGUAUAG